UGAAAGAUCAUUUGAAGCCCUUUAAAAGAAAACGAAUUAUAGCCGUUCAAUAUAUACACAUUUAGUACCGUUAAAGUUUAGAAGUAUAUGCAAUAUGCAUUUUCGUCCAUUUUUAUAUUGCUUAUUUUCCUGCAAAGUCUUUGAAAUCAGGCUUCCUCUUUGAACAACCCUUCACUGUUACCAGGCAGAUCGAGUCCCAACAUGGCGGCAAAGGGGAACGAAGAGGAGACGCAGUUGCAAGAGAUGGAGGAGGAGGCGGCAGCAACCGGGGUCGAAAGAGAAAUGGAAUCUGACGAGGAAGAGGGAAUGGGGGUCGAGGAUUCUGAUGAGGAAGACGACGAUUCGUCUGAUGAUGAAAAAGAGAAUGAAGCCGAAAUCCAACGUUUGGAAGAGCAGCUGUCCAUCAAUGCUUUCGACUACAACUGCCAUGUGGAUCUUAUCAAGCUGCUGCGACAGGAAGGCGAACUGCUCCGGCUGCGCAGGGCCAGACAGAAGAUGAGCGAGCUCUUUCCACUCACAGAAGAGAUUUGGCUGGACUGGCUGAAAGACGAAAUCCGCAUGACCGAGGAGGAGCCCAACCGAGACAAAGUGAACGAGCUCUUCGAAAAGGCCGUGAAAGAUUAUAUAUGCCCCGAAAUCUGGCUGGAGUAUGCCCAGUACUCCAUCGGGGGCAUGGGCGCCCCCGGGGGCAUCGAGAGGGUGCGGGCGAUCUUCGAGCGGGCCCUGACCGCGGUCGGACUGCACAUGACCAAAGGGGCGGCCGUGUGGGAGGCCUUCCGGGAGUUUGAGAACGCCAUCAUGAGCACCAUGCAGCCCCCUCCAGGAAGCGUGGCCGCCCGCGAGCAGCAGGAGCUGCUGAACACUCAGCUCGGGCGCAUCCACACGCUGUUCCGCCGCCAGCUGGCCAUCCCGCUCAUGGAUAUGGACGCUACGUACGCGGAGUACGAGGAGUGGUCGGAUAAAGACAUGCCGGAGACGGUCCUGGCGCAGUACAAGAAGGCCUCUCAGCACAUGGAGGCGAGCAAGCCGUUCGAGGAGGCUCUGCUGGUGGCCGAGCCUCCCAAACUGGCGGAGUACCAGGCCUACAUCGACUACGAGCAGCAGGAAGGGGACCCCGCCCGCAUCCAGAUCAUCUUCGAGCGAGCCCUCGCCGAGAACUGCCUCGUGCCGGACAUGUGGGCCAAAUACACCAAGUACCUGGACCGUCAGCUGAAGAUCCGGGACCUGGUCCUGUCUUCUCACGACCGUGCGGUCAGAAACUGCCCCUGGACGAUGGGUCUGUGGAAGAAUUACAUUCUGGCCCUGGAGAGGCACGGGGCCGAGCACCAGACCGUGUCAGAAAUCUUUGAGAAGGCCCUGAACGCUGGAUUCAUCCAGGCCACGGACUACGUGGACAUUUGGCAGGCUUACCUGGAUUACCUGCGGCGGCGCGUGGAUUUCAGCAAAGAGUCGAGCCGGGAGCUGGAGGAGCUGAGGACGGCCUUCACGCGGGCACUCGACUACAUGAAGCAGGACGUGGAGGAGAGGUUCAGUGAAAGUGGGGACCCCUCGUGUACAAUAAUGCAGAUCUGGGCCAGGGUGGAGGCGCUGCACUGCAAGAACAUGCAGAAGGCCCGGGAAUUGUGGGAUAGCAUCAUGAUGAAAGGGAAUGCCAAAUAUGCGAACAUGUGGCUCGAGUACUACAACCUGGAGAGGUCGUACGGAGACUCUCUACACUGCAGGAAGGCCCUGCACCGGGCCGUGCAAUGCACCGCAGACUACCCCGAGCACGUCUGCGAGGUCCUGCUCCUCUUCGAGAGGGUGGAGGGCUCCUUGGCGGACUGGGACACGGCCGUGCAGAAGACCGAGACCAGACUGGCCCGGGUGAACGAGCAGCGCGCUAAAGUGGCGGAGAAGGAGGCGCUGCAGGCCCGGCAGGAGGAGGAGAAGGCUGAGCAGCGGCGCAGGGCCAAGGCCGACAAGAAGGCCCAGAAGAAGAGCCAGAGGAAGGCCGGGGAGAAGAGGAAGGCCGAGGACGAGGAGGACGAGGAGGACGAGUGGGGGGAUGAUUCCGAGCAGCCCACGAAGAGGCACCGCGGGGAGGGGGAGCCCGGGUUCACCGGGUCCGAGGAGCUGAUGGAGACGGAGAGCGGGCUGUUCGGCCGGAAGGGCCCCGGCCCCAGGAAGGCGGACGCGGCGGGGCCCAAGAAGGGCCGCCCGGCGGCGAGCGACGCUCGGAAGGCCCCGGAAGCCGCGCCGGACGCGCGCAACGACGGCACCAGCGUCUUCGUCAGCAACCUGUCCUUCUCCAUGGAGGACCCCGAGAAGAGGCUGAGGGAGCUCUUCCUGGCCUGCGGGCCCGUCGAGCAGGUCCGGCCCGUCUUCAGCAGCAAGGGCGCCUUCCGCGGAUACUGCUACGUGCAGUUCCAGGAGCGGGGCGCCGUCGCCCAGGCCCUCCGGCUGGACCGGCAGGAGGUGGACAGCCGGCCCAUGUUCGUGUCCCCCUGCGUGGACAAAAACAAGAACCCGGAUUUCAAGGUUUUCAAAUAUAGCACAUCGCUGGAGAAACACAAGAUCUUCAUCUCUGGCCUGCCGUACUCCUGCAGCAAGGAGCAGCUGGAGGAGCUCUGCCGACAGCACGGCACGGUGAAGGACAUCCGGCUGGUCACCAACCGCUCGGGCAAGCCCAAGGGCCUGGCCUACGUGGAGUUUGAGGACGAGGCCCAGGCCUCCCUGGCCGUGCUGAAGAUGGACGGCUCGGUGGUCCAGGACCACACCCUGACGGUGGCCAUCAGCAACCCGCCCCGCAGGUCCGACAAGCCCGACGCCCCCACCCGCUCCCUGGGGUCCGCCCUGCCUGGGCAGCUGUACGGAGCGCGGGGGAAGGGGCGCACCCAGCUCUCUCUGCUGCCCCGCUCUCUGCACCGGCCGGCCGGCCUGGACGCCAAGGCGGAGAACGGCACCCUGCAGAACCAAUCGGCGGGCUCGGUGGGCGGGGCGUCCGCCGCUGGAGGGUCCGGAUUGGACGCACAGACUAAGCCCCUCUCCAAUGCGGACUUCGCCAGGCUGCUGCUCAAGAAAUGAACGGGGAGCGCGAGCAACAGGAAUUAACUGAAUUAACUGCCUUUUUUACGGAAGCCAUUUUGUGUCCUUAAACAGAAGAGAAACUAAUUGUAAUGUUGCUGUAAAUAUUUGGGGUGGAGAGAGAACCCUGUCGUUUAAUAAGAGAAAAAGCCUUAAUCAGCCAUGGCUCCAUUUUGGUUUUGGUUUUACAUUGUUUUUUAUGUUUUGUUUUGUUUUUUUCCCCGAAGUGGGAGAGUCAGCCCUUCCUCUACUGAGCAGAGGGCCUGGGGGAGGGGGAAAAAAGUUUACCAAUUUUAAUAAACUAAAGCCCUGUUCAUCUUUCUUUCUUUCUUUUGUUGAGAGAAUGCAUUUUAUAAGUGACCCAUGACUUAUAUAUUUGUGUAUAUAUAUAAAAAAAAGAAAAGAAAAAGCUCAAAUUAAGGUGUAUGUUUUAUUGUAAUUUUUUUUCUUUAUAGGGAAGAAAGGGUUUAGUGGAGCCUAAAGGUUUUUUUUUUUUUUUUUUUUCUCUCACUGUUAUGUAAAAACUGCUUCACCUGUGAAUCAUGUUUGCUAUUGUUUUAAAACGUAUAUGCAAGAGCCUGAGUUUUAUUAAAUUGAAAUGUAUUGUAAAUACUAUAUACCAGGUCAUGAAAAGGGUUGUGUAUGUUUCAUUGCAUUUAAGCAAAAUAAGGUUCAAAUUGUGUCCCUGCAACUAGUGUCGACACAUUUAGAGUUGUGUGCCAUGGGGGUUGUUGGCUGACAACACAAUAUUAUUGGAAGCGCCUGCCUGUUCAAAGCAACCAUUCACAUUUAUACAGAGUAUUGUUAUGCUUUACAGAUGCGGUCUCAACUGAAGUUGUACAAAUAACUUAUUUACAGUGACAUAACCCGAGUUCAUCCUUUGCCAAGAACUGCGCUUGCUCCAGUAGAUUUCUCGUAGGGUUCCUUCGGAGAAAUGUCCCACGUUGACGUUAGGAAAGCAUGACUUGUCAACCGUGGCAGAUCCUGUAUUGCUUUUACCAUAUGCUGGCUUUACUCAUCGUUGGCACCAUUAACGGGUGGUUUUUCGCGUCCGUGUACGUGUGUCUCUUUAUCGAAGCCCCGUGUUCUGAUUUUUAAAGACUGGUGAUGACCAUCUCUCACAUUGAGGGUGUUUAAAAAGAAAGAAAAAAAAAAGAAAAAAAAAAAGAAAAAGGAAGAAGACGAGAGAAAAAAAAACGGAACUGAAAAGGACUAGUGGUCUGUUCCUAGGGGGAAGAUUAAUAACGAGCACCUAAGCCUAAUCGUCACUCCCAGAAUGCCUCUUCCGUUUACUUCUGGCUGUUCCUUUUCAAAAUCGUCUGGAGCCGACGUCCCAAGCAAACCCUGCCUUACUCGUGGUCCUCUAACAUAGCCAUAACGGGACGAGUGGGUGUAGCGAACACUGUGAAACGGACACUUCCUGGAGGAGCAGUGGAUGGGGACGAGGCGAGAGGCAUGUGCGUGUGUGUGUGUCGCUGUGAUUCAGAAAACCUGGCAUUGUAAAAGCUCACCUGUCCCCCCGCCACUCUCGGAAACCGACCAUUUUAAAAUCUAUGCAGCUGAGUAUUGUGAGGAGAACCUUCCACUUUCUGUUCCUUUUUUCUUUUUUUUUCUUUUUUUAAAUCCCAGAUUGUACAGAACCUAUAUUCACUAUAUAAUGAAAGACAAUGUAUCGUAUUAAGCAAGAUUCAAUUUAUGCUCAUAAUUGUUAGUGUCAGGAUAUGUGCUCGGCAAAGCUGGGUGAACUGAGAACAUCUAGAGAUUCACUGUCUGGGGUCUCAUUGUUCAACCGAUUUUUCUUUUCUAAGUACAGAUAACUCCAUAGGAAAGUUAAUUGAAUGGGACUAUAGAUUUAAGUAUGUAUUUUAACCAAAAUCAUGGUAUUUAUUUUCUUGAAUCGUCAGAAUUAGUUUACUUUGCUGAGUUUACCUAGCUAGUUCAAAGGGCAAGUCUUCUGUACUAGUUCUCACCAGUGAGCCUUUUUGGUUGUUGUUUUGAGAAGUUUGUCAGGUGUUCAGUGUUCACAUCCCCCCCCAGUGGUUGGCCAUAGUUUUGUACCGCAUUUGUAUGUUUUAAAAUGACAGAAUUUGCAAAAUCUAGUGACGUAUAUAUUCUAUAUCACCACAGUGGCCUAUUCUAGUGAAGAGACUACAGAUGUUUAAAAAAGUGGCUACCUGUAUGUCCAAUGUUCUGUAUAAAAUGGUGGUGUUCAAAUUGUAUAGAUUUUAAAUAGUUUCUUUUCCGUUGUCGAGAUGUGGUUUCAUCUGCUAUCCGUUGAUGUCAAUGCUCUGAAGCGUAUUGGAUUUUCUUUUUUUUUUUCAUUUACCAAAACCUUUUCAGUGUGGCAACUUUUUAAAUUCAUGCAUCGUUUUUUUUUUUCUUGUGUAUUUUCAGUUCCUGCUUGUUCAAAGUUUUCCUUUGGUUGUUCUCAAAUUGUAUAAAACUUGUCAUCCUCUUGUGAUCAUUUUGUUUCUGGCCUAAAAUGCUUAAUUAAAAGCAGUUAAAUAUG